AUGAAGCUUGUCUCGAGUCUCCGGAUGCAGGGACAUGACUUGUCUGUGGCAAAUGUAUUCCAGCACAUGCGCCUGGUGGAUGCUGCUCAAGCCAUGAAGCUGGACCAAACCCCCGAGCACGUCACCGAAGAAUAUCGGCCCUUCUCAACCUUACACGAUGUCGAUGUUGACUUGUUUGUGUCUCGAGUUGUUCGCCCUAGCCUUGCAAACGCCGAAUGGAAUAUACAAGAUGUCCUCCCUGUGUCUUCUUCACAGGCUAUGGACAUUAAAGCAACAAUCCAAGCCCCAAAGACAUCGAUUCAGUAUACAAUGCUGUCUUUCGACCAAGGCAUUGUACGAGAACAGCUGUUCGACGCAUGUCGAAGGCUUAUGGAUUCUCAUCAAAUUUUGCGUACUGUCUUCAUUGAGCACGAGUCAAAAUUCUACCAAGUGGUUUUGGACAAGGUUGAGCCCAUCAUAACUAAGCAUGUAGGAGGAGAGGAUCUAGAGCAAUCGACUAAAGAAAUUUGCAAAGCCCAUGCCGAGCUUGAUUACGUGCUUGGAUCGCCCUUCUUCCGGGUUCUUCACAUCGAAGGGAGAGACGGUCGCGAAUGUCUUGUCCUGGGUCUUUCCCACGCUCAAUAUGACGGUGUGUCGCUUCCCAAUUUGCUUCAAGACUUCGAGACUCUUUACACGGGCGGCAGUAUCGUGGGUUCAAAGCCGUUUUCGGAGUAUAUCGCAUGGACCUGCGACAAGCGGGUGAAGAAGACCGCUAUUGAUUACUGGAGUGCACUACUGCGAGGGGCAACUCUGUCGGGUCUCUCAGGCCUUCAAGGACCAACAGUUAAGCCUACAGACCAGGGGAUCUUCCAAACAAAGACCGUUGAAGACUUCUAUGGCUCGGACUACAUCACUACUGCGAACCUUGUGACAGCUGCUUGGGCUUUGAUACUUGCUCGCCGACUCCAGAAACCAGAUAUCACAUUUGGGGGCGUGACAUCUGGUCGUACUGUCGAUUUGCCUGGCGUGGAAAAAGUGGUCGGGCCAUGCUAUCAGCUUACUCCAAUUCGAGUCACCUUUGAAUCACAUUGGUCUGGGAUCGACCUUCUGGAAUACGUGCAGAAGCAAGCUGCUGAAUCAGCCAGUUACGACUUCCUUGGCUUCGACAGCAUUGUCAAGCAUUGCACAAGUUGGUCGUCCAGCCAAUUCUACGACUCUAUUGUCCACCACCAAGACUGGGAUGACUUUGACACUAUGCCGUUUGCCGGUGGCUCAUGCAAGGUGGAUAUUUUGAAUCCUUAUGGGGAUUCCCCGUACCCUCUGAAGAUUGUGUCUUUUGUGAAAGAAGGGCAGGUGAAUGUUGGCGUGGUAGGAAGUGAGAAUGAUCUAUUGUUCAUCGAUUCGGUUCUGGAUGAGUUGACUUCGACUGUUCGAGAGUUGGCUGACAUGCAACCCGGGGUUCUGCUAGAUGCGCAGCUGUUUUAA